AAUCUGGCAGGAUCCAUAUAGAUCCGGCUUUUCCCUUUUUCCUCAGCCCCCCGUGGAAACGGUGCAUAAAGAGGGAGCCCCGCGCUUUAGCCGGGGAGGCAAGCAGCGAGCAGACGGAGCCGCUCUGAGCUCUGCUGUUUUUCCUAGAAACGGAUCCGUGCACCUAGAAAAUAACAGGAAGGGAGAGAAAAAAAACACACGAAGAUCCUGUUGUUUUCGGUCGCUGCCCGAGGAAUAAUUUGGAGGAGAAGGAUCCAUAUUUCUGCUGCUGCCAAGGCUGCGGCGCCGGGGAUGGAGCGCGGGGCGCGGGCCGUGUAGCGGGCUCGCCCAGGGGCUGCAGUUCGGCCAGGCUCGCUCCGCCCGCAGCAGGAUUCCAGCCUCGGCCCGGGCGCUGCCCCGGCGGCAGCGGGAUCCCAGCAAUUGGGGGCCGGUGGGGCUGAAUCCAAGGCCUCCCCCUCCCCCGCUACACACACGCCCCCCACCUCUGCCGCCGCCGCCGCCGCCGGGGACAGAGGCUGGUGCCUGGGGCCCGGCCCUGCUGCGGCUGCCGCUGCCUGCGCCUGGGCGGAUCGCAGCCCGCGAGGGGCGGCUGGGUGCAGGGGGCGCGGGGCCGGCGGAGGAGGGAAGCUCCCGAUGGCGCGUCCGAGGCCCCGCGAGUACAAGGCUGGAGACCUGGUGUUCGCCAAGAUGAAAGGCUACCCGCACUGGCCGGCCAGGAUUGAUGAACUCCCUGAGGGAGCUGUGAAGCCUCCAGCAAAUAAGUACCCUAUCUUCUUUUUUGGGACUCAUGAAACGUAAGUGAAUGAACAUGUGGCAUUCCUGGGGCCCAAAGACCUCUUCCCAUAUAAAGAAUAUAAAGAUAAGUUUGGGAAGUCGAACAAACGAAAAGGAUUUAACGAAGGACUGUGGGAAAUAGAAAACAACCCUGGAGUCAAGUUUACUGGAUACCAGGCAAUCCAGCAACAGAGCUCAUCAGAAACUGAGGGAGAAGGAGGAAAUACGGCUGAUGCAAGCAGCGAGGAGGAAGGUGAUCGGGUAGAAGAGGAUGGAAAAGGCAAAAGAAAGAAUGAAAAAGCAGGCUCAAAACGAAAAAAAUCCUACUCUUCGAAGAAAUCCUCCAAGCAGUCACGGAAAUCUCCCGGAGAUGAAGAUGAUAAGGACUGCAAAGAGGAAGAAAAUAAGAGCAGCUCUGAUGCGGGAGACGCAGGCAAUGACACAAGAAACACUUCUUCAGAUUUGCAGAAAACCAGUGAAGGGAAGGAAGCACAAUAGCAGUGAGAGCAUCUCCAGGCAAAGGCUCCGAAGCACCUAUCCUGUGUAAAAUGAAAACCGCACUAUUCCCUGUGGAUUCACCCUCUGUCCCCCUUAUGCCUGAUGAUGUUUUUUCUUUGAAUGAACAAAAACAAAUAUAUUGUUGAUUGCUUCACGUUGA